UUGCUCAAAACAAAGUGUAGCACAUACGUCUCGUGUUAUUUGAUUUUAUAUUAGAACGAGUUUUGCUACCUAGUAUCUCAAAGAGUUAGAAAUCUUUCGGGAUUUCGCAAAAUAUGCCACGUGUAAACUUAGUUUCAAAGUGAUGUUCGUUUAACACUUGCCAAAAUGAGUCAAACAAAAAGAUCGCAAACUACUCGAAGCAUGAGAGAGAGUAGCAAUGAUAUAUUUUUAUCACAAGAUCAACCUAGUACAAGCAGCCAGCUUGAUGCAUCAUCUCAACGAAGUAGUAGAAAUUUUUCACAGUUAAUGAGCUCACAAGACAUGGAAGCACAAGAGAAAAUGCAAUUAAUUAGCAGUAUAAUAAGAUAUAUCUUUGCUGCAGAUAAAAGUAAACAGCCUAUACAAAAAAAUCAAAUCAUUAAGAAUGUACUGAAUGGAAAUGGUAGAUUGUUUCGUACAAUUAUAGAAAAAGUGAACAGGGAAUUGUCUCAGGUAUUCGGAUUUGAACUGGUAGAAAUUGAAAGCAAUAAAUACAUAUUGGUGAAUGAAAUAGAAAACAAACUUCCACAUCUCAUUUUUCAUAAUGGCAGUAAGCAGUUGCUAUUGUACCUUGUGCUUGUUCACAUUUUUAUGCAUGGCGAAGCAUGCCAAGAAGAUAUAUUAUGGAAUUUUCUUCGCAAUCUGAAUAUCAUAACUAACAACAGUUUUCAAAAUGAAUACUUUGGCGAUGUGAAACAAUUGGUGACAAUAGAUUUUGUAAAUGAGAGAUAUCUUGAAAAAACAUUAAUAGAUAAGAAUGAUCCAUCACAAUUUGAAUAUACAUGGGGAUCCCGAGCAGAAAAUGAAUUGACUUAUCGCUCCGUCUUGCAAUUUGUGGCAAAUAUAUAUGGCAUUUCCAAAAAAUGGAAAUUACAAUAUAAAACUAUGAUUCAACAAGAAGCAUAAAAUAAAAUUUGUAAGGACGUUUGCUAAGAGAGAAGAAAACUAAAAUAUUAUUUAAAUACAUGAUUAUUCUUUCCCAUUUUUAUUUCUAAAAAAAUUUAUAGAAGAAAACUGAGUGAGAGAGUGAUACAGAGAGAGAAAGAGAUAUCAAAAAUAUAUAUAUUUAUUAUAUAAAAUACAGUAUUCAGAUAAAAAAAAAUAUACUAAAGCAAAUUUUAUAUAUAAAAAUAUUUUAUUUCUGUUAAAAGACAUGUAUGUAAUUAAAUUAAACAAUAACAUUAUAU